CGACAACUCCCACCCAAUACAAAGAAAAAUAAAGAAAUAAAAGAAGGCCUAGCCCCUUUAGGGUCCAUUAGGGUUUUUUUUUUUUUUUUUGUUCUCAAAGCUCUGAACCUUCCAUCCGUUCAAAAAAAGCUCAAGCCCAUCAACUUCGUCUUCUACCUCCCUCUACUCCCUAUUAUUUGAAAAUUUUCAUUUUUCUAAAUAUUUAUUUAUCUUGAAAAUUUUAACAAAACAAGAUAAAAAAUAACGAAAUUUCAAAACCCUAGACUCGGAGUUGCAUCGAGGAGUUAAUUUACGCGUCCUCGUUUCAUUGACACCACCUUCCAUGGAGAUAGAUUACCCAAUUACGCCUACUGAGAACUAUGAGCCACUGUGUUUAGAAGCUCCACCUAAUAAGCGUAGGAGAAAGAAGUCUAUUGUCUGGGAACACUUCACAAUAGAAACUGUUGGACCUGGAUGCACAAGGGCAUGCUGUAAGCUGUGCAAAAAGUCUUUUGCAUACAUUACUGGUUCAAAGCUAGCAGGCACUAGCCACCUUAAACGACAUAUUGCCUUGGGAAUCUGUCCAGUAUUCCGCCAGAAAAAUCAGCAAUCUCCGUAUACUCCAGGCUCCAGAACUGGGGGUACUGGAAGUGGUACUGAUCCACCAAAAAAACGUCACCGAGCAACUCAUGGAUUGGCAAGCAUUUCUUUUGAUCAAGACCGUUGCAGCAAUGAGAUUGCUAAGAUGAUCAUUCUGCAUGACUAUCCACUUCACAUUGUGGAACAUGCCGGUUUCAAUGACUUUAUACGGACUCUUCAGCCUCAGUUUAAUAAUCUGAGCUUCAACACUGUUCAGGAGGAUUGUGUGGCUGUGUACCUAAAGGAGAAACAAAGCCUACGGAAUCUUAUAAGUGGAAUUCCUGGAUAUGUCAGCCUUACAUUGGAUUUAUGGACUUCAAAUCAAACUUUAGGCUAUGUUUUCCUAACAGGGUAUUUCAUUGAUGGUGAUUGGAAUCUACAGCGUCGGAUCCUUAAUGUCGUUAUGGUACCUUCUCCUGAAUCAGACUAUGCUUUCAAUCAAGCGGUUGUGGCCUGCCUAUCUGAUUGGCAUUUGAAGGGUCGGCUGUUUGCCCUUGCAGUGGAUCAAUCCUUCUCAAAUGAAACUUCAAUGGGAAAUUUAAGAGGCCUUCUUUCUGUUAGGAAUCCACUCAUGCUCAAUGGUCAGUUACUGAUAGGAAAUUGCUAUGCUCGUGUCCUUAGUCGUCUAGCACAGGAUGCUCUGGGGGCAAUGAGGGAGACAAUCCAAAAACUUCGGGAGAGUGUUAAGUACGUGAAUACUUCAGAAUCACAUAAAGAGAAGUUUAUUGAGCUGAAGCAACAACUUCAAGUCCCUAGCUCAAAGGACCUUUCAAUUGACGACCAAACUAAAUGGAACACAACUUACCAUAUGCUAGUAGCUGCCUGUGAAUUAAAGGAAGUCUUCAAUUGCUUGGAUACCGCUGAUCCUGAUUACAAGAUAUCUCCAUCAAUGGAUGAGUGGAAACAGAUAGAAACUCUCUGCACAUACUUGAAGCAUUUGUUUGAUGCAGCUAACAUCUUAACUAGCCCAAGCUACCCGGCUACCAAUACAUUUUUCCUUGAAGUUUCUAAACUUCAAAUAGAGCUGACACAUGCAGCCACGAGCCAGGAUCCCUUUGUUAGCAACUUAAUCAAACCUUUGCAAGAGAAAUUUGAUAAAUAUUGGAAAGAUUGCUACCUGGUUUUAGCGAUAGCUGUAGUUUUGGAUCCAAGGUUCAAAAUGAAGCUGGUGGAGUUCACCUUGUCCAAGAUCUACGGUGAGAAUGCUGACUCAUGGAUAAGGGCUGUUAAGGACAGUGUUCAUGAACUCUUUCUAGAGCACAUUGCGCAAGCACAUCCUCUACCGGCAAUUGAAGAAGGUAAUGAGGGUAUCACCAAAACAGAGACACAGCAAGAAGGAUCUCAAGAAGGAAGCCAUGUUUCUACUGUGGACGGGCUUUCAGAUUUUGAAACCUAUAUCAAUGAGAUCACUAGUAGCCAGCACAUGAAGUCAGAACUAGAUCAGUACCUGGAAGAGUCUCUUUUGCCUCGUGCACGAGAAUUUGACAUUUUAGAUUGGUGGAAAUUAAACAAACUGAAGUACCCAACCUUAUCAAAAAUGGCUUCUGAUGUUUUGUCGAUACCGGUAUGUACUGUUUCCCCCGACUGUGUUUUUGACACUGAAGUAAGAAAGAUGGAUAACUACAGGAGUUCAUUGCAUCCUGUGACACUAGAGGCCCUUGUUUGUACCAAGGAUUGGUUUCAGUCUGGAUCAUCAUCAUCACAGUCAUCAAUUCAGGUUUCUAAUGCGAUUGUGAAAAUGGAAUUUUAGGUUUGGGUCCCGUGGCCUUGCUUUUUUAUGGUAUUUAGGUCUUUAACAAUCGUAUCUCCCUGUCCCUCUAUGCAUGAGAUUUUUACAUUUCAGGAUUUUAUAGUGUCACUCUAGGCCUCGCUUGUAUAAUUCUUGGAAUUAACUGAAUUACGUGCAAGAUGUCUCUUUCGUUUCAA